GGUCAAACAAGGACCCUCGUGAGUCUUGGGUGGCGCUAAGGAAAGGUCCUAGUGGGGAACAUUUCGUGGUGGAAGUCGAUGUAGGCCGCAAAUGUGGUGCCUUCAUAGAUAUAGGCUCCACGUGGAAUUACAUACGUCACGACUGUUUGGAAAGGCUGCACCUACACGACCGGGUACUUUGGCCAACAAGGAGCGCAUGAUAGUGACAUACUACAUCAAGGACGUAGUUUGUACCUUCUCCUAUGGAGGAGGUGAGCUUAACCAUAAGAUCUCGUUCUUGGUUAGCGACGACUUGCCAUUCGAUAUGUUGUUAGGCAUGUACUACCUCGAAGUUGCUGAGCCCCAGUUCGACUGGGAUAAGAAGGUGCUUAAAUACAAGUUGCCCGAUGGUCGAACUGUCAGAUUGACUAAGUUCAAGGCCAGCAGUAUUAUCGAUACCUAUGGCUGCUUGUGUGCAUCAGCAUUCUAUUACUACAAGCAAAACCAAAAGGAAGGACAGAGUGUUUCCAUGGAUUUCAUGGACACCCUCGUAACUAGCAAGAGUGGUAAAAGGCACAUCUUCGUCAUCAUAGACCGAUUCACCAAAUACGCAAGACUAGUUGCCAUGCCAGAAAGUGCGAGGACUGACCAUGUCAUCGAGUUGUUUACGGACAACUGGGUGCGGGACUUUGGUUUACCAAAGACCAUCGUUAGUGAUAGAGAUGUCCGAUUCACAAGUGACCUAUGGAAGAAGACUGCGGAACAAAUGGGCAGUCAACUUCAGAUGACUUCAGGAAAUCAUCCAGAAGCCAACGGACAAGCCGAACAGAUGAAUAGAGUUGUACAGCACUUGCUGAGGCAUUACAUCAAGCCCAACCAAGAUGAUUGGGAUGAGAAGUUGCCACUCAUCGCCAGUAUGUACAACAAUGUUGUGCACAGCAGCACCGGCGUGAGGCCUAACCAGCUCCACUUGGGAUGGAAGCCUAGAUCCGCGUUGGACUUCCUCCUACCUGAAAAUCGACCUGCUGCAACCCUAGGCACAUUGGAGUACGGUGUGCAUUAUGAGAGGUUGCUGCAAGAAGUUGUCGAGCACAUGAAGAAAGCUCAGCAAGCAAUGAUUGCUUCUGAGAAUCAACAUCGUAGACAGUCCACAAAUCAGGUAGGGGAACGUGUCUGGGUCAAGGCUAGCGAGCUAGGACAAGAAUUCGGAAUCUCUCGAAAACUAAUGCCUCAAUACUUUGGUCCCUGGGAAGUCUUGGAUGUAGUGGGAGAUGAGUUGGAUGGUCCCACAUAUGUCAUUCGUGUCCCUGGGCACCUACGCACUCACCCAGUCUUUCAUGCCUCAAAGCUUGCACCUUUCGCUGAGACUGAUCAAUUCCCUUCCAGGAGAUCAAUGCUGCCCCCAACCAUGGAUGGACAAGUCGACAUCAACAACAUUGUGGAUCACAGGGACAUGCCUGUUGCCAAGCCGUUGGGUCGAGGAAGACCUCCUAAACCCAAGAGAGAGUACCGGAUCAGAUUCAGGCACCAUUUGGAUCCGAAAGAAGAUCGGUGGUUUACCCGGGAGGAACUGAUGGAAACAGCUCCUCACGUGGUGGCAGAUUAUGAACGGAAGCUAAAAGGGAAGGCACCUGCGAAGUACGCAUCUCAGCGGACUUUCGAAGCUAAGGGGGAUGGAAUGUGAGGAUUGAGCCCUCAAGUAGGGGCCUUGSCAUGAUGUACAUGUUCUGGGCUAAGGCCCCAGCAAGCCUCGUGCCCGCCCUAAGUGAAGGCGGGCCAGCAAAUCAACAAGAGCCCUCUCG